AUGGUUAGGCGAAACUUUUCCACUACGGCCCUGGAGGUACUUUGCACUCCAGAGCGCCUGGAGCUCAUCGACCACAUUGACUCUCUUCGACUUCGAGGCAUCAGCCACUAUAUCUCCCUGCCUCAGAUCAUAGUCUGUGGCGACCAGUCUUCAGGCAAAAGCUCUGUUCUGGAGGCCAUCUCUGGUGUGCCCUUCCCGGUUCGAAGCAAUCUUUGCACCCGAUUUCCCACCGAGGUUGUUCUACGCAAGGCUGCUCAGGCUGGGGUGACCGUGUCUAUUGUUCCUCAUCAGUCGCGAGGCUCUUUCGAGCAAGUGAAGCUCUCCGCUUUCCACGAAACGCUCGAUAAUUUUGAAGAUCUGCCCCCACUGAUCGAGAAGGCAAAGGCGGCUAUGGGCUUGCAUGCUCAGGGCAAGGCUUUUUCCAAUGACUUGCUUCGCGUGGAAAUAUCGGGCCCGGACCGGCCUCAUCUCACCAUCGUCGAUCUCCCCGGUCCCACCCACUCGGAAACCCAACAGCAGUCGGCCAGGGAUGUCAGCCUUGUUCAAGACGUUGUCAAGAUGUAUAUGCGAGAAUCAAGGAGUAUUAUUUUGGCUGUGGUUUCAGCAAAGAACGACUUCGCCAAUCAGAUAGUUCUCCGGCUUGCCCGAGAGGCAGAUCCGUCCGGGACUCGCACGGUGGGUGUCAUCACAAAGCCGGAUACCUUGGUUCGGGGGUCGGACAGUGAGUUUCAGUUUCUGUCGCUUGCUAGAAACCAAGAAGUCAAUUUCAACCUUGGCUGGCAUGUCCUCAAGAACAUGGACACCGAGAAGGGGACAUCCAGCCUUGCCACCCGGAACAGAGAGGAAUCCGAGUUCUUGUCCAAGGGUGCUUGGGCAAGGUUGCCGCGGUCCUAUGUCGGUAUCGAUACUCUACGAACACGCCUAAGCAAAUUGCUGCUGGAGCAAAUAGUUGCUGAACUACCCGACCUGAUGGAAGAGGUCAAGACCAAGAUGGAAGACUGUCAGCAGCAGCUUGACGGGCUCGGCCAGCCACGCGAGACAGUGACUGAGCAACGAUCCUACCUGCUCCAGAUCAGUGAAUCCUUUCAGAGCAUCGUGCGAGCUGGUGUGGAUGGUACCUAUGGUGGCACCUUCUCCGGGCGCGUUGAUGCUGUCAAGCAGUAUCCAAAUCGAAUCCGUGGAGUAGUGCAAAAUCUAAAUGAAAAGUUCGCAAAAUACAUCAGCGAGCAAGGACACUACCGACACAUAUCCCACAGCCAGAAUGAUGCGAGAGAUGUGACUUCAGGGCAAACAGUCGUGACCCGCAAAAAAUACAUUGAACAUAUCGAGCUGCUUCUCCGGGAAUCUCGGGGUCGAGAACUUCCCGGAACAUUCAAUCCCAUGAUCAUCACUGAUUUGUUCCAAGAGCAGUCCCAGCUCUGGCAGAAAAUUGCGGAGAACCACAUAGAUGAAGUCUGGGCAGCAACACAGGCAUUCAUCAUUGCUGUGGUCCGUGGCGUCAGUGAUGAAGCGACAACAGUCACACUACUGCAUGAUAUCACGGCUCCCGCAUUGGAUGACCGUUUACAGGCAAUGAAGCGGAAGCUGACCGAAGUACUAGAGCGAUACCGAAGCGGUCACCCAAUUACUUACAGUCGCGAAUUCGUGGAGAUCAUACAGAAGGUCCACCGGGAGAGAUUCAAGGCUGUAUUGUCUAAUGGGCUUGAGGAAUUCAUCGAGCAGCAAAACAAAUUGCGUCACUUCUAUGUGAAUCCAAGCGAGAUUGGCAAUGUUUUGGAUAGAAUCCUCGCGUCCAGUGAAGUGGGCUCGGCCAGCUUUGCCGCUGCAGAGGCUCUAGAUAUUUCAAUGACCUACUACGAGGUUUCCCUUGAACGAUUCAUUGAUUGUGUGGCUAUUGGUGUCGUGGAGAUAACCCUGAUGCAGCAUCUCGGGAAUAUUCUAUCACCUAUAGUGAUAGAUGUUAUGUCUGACACACAAGUCUCUCGUAUUGCGGAAGAAACCGUCGGACAUUGCUGCUUGCGCAACGAGCUUCUCACGAAACUCGAAGUCCUUCGAAAGGGGUCGGAAAUCUGUAGAAAGUUCGUCAAGGUU